AUCAGUCGUGUCCGCUCGGCAGUCGAGAGAAGUGUUCGAACAGAUUGGACGGAAUUCGGAUUGUGUGCUGUGCAGAUAUGAAUGGUUUUGCUGGAAAACGGACAGCAGAAAUGGAAGAUUGAAGACAGGCGAAAAUCUUCAUGAUUAACGACUGUAGGGUGAUUUUUUCGGUAUUUACGGUGCGAAACAAGUACUGUGAACGGAAAUUGGAGAACCAAAGCAGGUGGAUUUGUAUGAGCUGCCGGAUCGAAAAGUAACAGUGGCAGGAAGAACUGCUUCCACAGCUGGAGGGGCAGGAAAGAAUACGGAUAGUGGGUGUGGUGGCGGUGUGCGAAAACAGGAACGGACAAAGCAAGUGUUAUUUUUUCACUGCUGCGUGCAGUUUGACAUUAUUUCUCUGCACCGCAGUGUCAGGUUCCUCUCCAUCGGAGCUUUUUCGAUUGGACAAAAGUUUGUGCAAAAUGAUGGUUACUGUUGGUGAAACUGUAUGAUGAUUGCCGAGUGAUACAUUUGAUAGGAAUUGUCAUGAGACAUCCCGGCGGAGGUGCAGCAGUAAGCAGUAACAAGGCGGUGAAGGAGUAUGCUGGUAGGGAACGAGGAGCGGAGAGAUUCGAGGACGACGAAGAAAACACAGCUGUAACGAGUCGGUGGAAAAUUUGUGUGGAUCCACGAAUAGGAGGCAACGUCCCUGCCAGGGGAAGGGAUUAGCUGUCUACGCGGAACGAAAAAACAAAAAUACGGCAACAACAUCGGUGUUGUUGUUGCUGUUCGUGCUGGGGGCAUAUAGAUAGAGCGUAUUGAGUUGUACCCAUCGGACAUGGACGUGCCGAAGCUGUUUUCCGACCUGGAGUCCAACAAUCUGGCUGUGGUGGAUGAGGCCAAACGACGGUUCAACGAGUUGUUUACCAGCACGCGUGAAUCAUGGCUCUCGCACAGCAUGAUGGAAUACUUCGGACAGACCUCGUCGAUACGCAUUGUGGAAAUACUGGUCAAAGUGCAGAACCCUCACGACAAGUUCAUCUUGGAUAAGCUGAGCGAGUGGAUUCGCAGUGGCUCAAACAGGAUGCUCGCGUUGACGCUGUUUGGACACAUAAUUCAGAAGCGACCUACGUGGCUGCACAAGGUGGGCAACCACCAGCUGGUGAAGGAAGUCCUCAAGCUUUCCAAGCUAGAGAGGGAAAUUAUCCCGCUGAUCAAUGCUGUGCUGUGCAUUAUCGAUCUGCUGCCGAUCAUUCCACUGGUGAUGGGCACGUUCGUGCAGGAUUUGUUCGAAAUAUUCAACUAUUUAGCGACCUUUGAUCGAAACACUUCCGUCAGUUUGCCUGAAGAUCAGUUGAUUCAUUUGCAAUUCGGUCUAUACGAGUUAUUCAACCGUCUAUACGGCAUGUAUCCUUGCAAUUUUGUUAUGUUUCUAAAGCAGGAGUAUUGCGGGGAUAAACAAGCUGUUUUUCAACACACAAUAAAACCUUUGUUGGAUACGGUUAAGAUCCACCCGCGACUGGUGUCAUCGGAUAAAGAAAGUGAAAUCAACCAGAUUCGAUGGAGAAAUAUGGAGCCGCAUGACGUUGUGAGUGAAUGUGCUCGUAUGUCGCUCGACUACAUGAGCAAGCCGCAGGAAGUGCAAAACAGUCAGCUCAUCAGCAGCGAAUGCCCCUGCUAUGCAACCCCCAUGAAACCGGUAGAGUUCAAUGCCAUGACCGCGACAAUCGAUUUUCAAUGGAAGGCUACAGUGAAUUACUUUAAUAAGACCUCUACGGAUGAAAAGCUUAGCACCAUAGCUGUACAGAACUCGUUCUGGUCACCGAGUAAUAUGAUGCAACCGACGCCACCCCCUGGUCCGGCAACUGUUCCCAACACUCCCAAUCCAACCCCCAGCUACACGAUUCCUUCUAUAUCGGGUCCUUUUCUACCGGCGGCUGACGGUGCUUCCCCACCGGAAGCAGCCGUUGAAGCCACUCCGGAAACCACACCGAUGAAGGACAUCGUGAAGCCAGUUCGACCGUACCCCAUCAAUUCGGGAACGGUUCGAGCGAUUUGGAACAACAGCCAACCGUCGUCGCCGAUCAAGAAAGAACCGACCAGUCACUUCAACUUCAACGAAAAGAGCAUCAUCACUUCACAAAAGCUGCUCCGAAUGGUGAACGAUCGGAACCAUUCAGUAAUGCAGAUUGCCGGCAACUCUAACACCAAUACCACAACCACAGCAACAUCAACGACCAGCAACAGUGUGCCUUCCAGUCCGCUACCGAUCGAUCAACCGACGUUAGAAAUCUAUCGAGUUUCCCAAAAGGUCGCGAACCUCAAGCUAACUCCCGGUGGAACGGUUCUCGCUCCACGGCACGACUCAACGACGCUUGUGCAGUUAUCCGAUUCUACCCAAGAAGAUCAGGAAGUAAACGACAUCAACAGCCACCUGCUGCAUGAUCAGAUAAGCAACCAGCAGCCGCAACACCCUCUGGUUCCGCUACACCCAAUGAAGGAAGCCUUCGAUUCCGAAGACUUCGAGCAGGAAGAAGGUUCACCGUGCUCAGCUGGCGGACUACACUUCAAAAAUUCUCAAUCCAUGAUAAACUUUACUCGAAAUCGGUAUCGGAUGCAUAGCCAGUGCCUAGUAGAUUCCGAUCCCAGCUACAGUACCGGCACUUCGCCAGCCGAGACAAAUAUCUACAUGCUGAAGAACAGUGUUGGAAUCAAUGCUACACGGGGUGCGGUAUGUGAGGCACUUAAGCGGCACCAACGGAGGCACUCGCUGCCUGAUUUGAAAAAGUACAGCCUGAGAGUUAACCCGAAAACAUUGUCUGGAGAUAGGCAAGAUCUGACGCUCGUUGAAACGAACGGAGAUAGCAGCAGUGGGAGUAGUCCUUCCGAAGAAGAGGCCAUCUCAGCGGCGACACAUUUUCACAAGAAGCAAGAGCAAAAGACUGAAGAGCACUUACGUAAGAACAUGGUUCUAUUUCAGCAGAUUCGUAGGAAUCUCACUAACGUUGGAGGCCAUAAACCGUCACAGCCCGUCGGCCCUCCGGUAUUACAGCUCGUGUCCAGCGGUACACAAACAAUCGAGAACUACCCGCAACCAUACGAACAGAUCAUUUACGGUAUUCUGCAGGAGGAACAAAAAUUCAAGGCCGACAUUGCGAUGAAGCGACUGCAGGAAAAAGCGGAAUCUGGUAUCAAAAUGGACCCGAACGCCAUGCUCGACAAGUACAUAGAGCUGUGCGUGAAGAAGCGAUUGGAAACUGGUGACCCGCGACAAAUAGAAGAUCUAUACCUAGACCAUAUCAAAUUGCUAAACUUGCAGUUGCAGUUCGAAAAACAUCGACGGGAAAUCCACGCCGAGCGGAACCGUCGACUGCUGGGCAAAAGUCGGGUGAUACGGGCGCUGGAACAGAAUAAUGAUGCACUGAAGGACCAGGUUGCCAGACUGACCAAAGAGAUUAGUUCGCUGAAUACGGAACUGGCCGGGCUAAGGCGGAAGACCAACAUGGAUUGCACGAAACGAUCGACGGAAGUGAUCGAUCUGAAAGAGCGCUACGCGGCUGAGACGCGAAAGAAUCAGGAUUUACAGCUGAGGAUCAAAGAAUUGGAAAUGGCGCUAGCGGAGGACACACGAACACGGAAGGAGCAAACGGUGGCUCUCGAACAGGCACGGGGCGAGUUGUUCGACGUUACGAACGAGAUGGGACGGGCGCUGCAUAAGGCCGACUUGGGCCAGCAGUACCGGGACGAACUGACGCGAUUGCAGUGCGAGAUGAUUCUUAUGGGGGAGAUCCAGCUCAAGUGUAAGGAACGUCUUUCCGAGCUGGAAAGUUUGAAGGCCAGGGACGCGGAGAUUGCAAUGAUUCAGGAAACAUACCUGGAAGAGGUGAAAGAUUUGAAAAUUAGCUUGGAAAGCAAAUCAUCUCAACUAGACUCGUCAAAGGAACGAUUGAUGGAAUUAGAGCAGCAGUUGAUGAAGCGUGACGAAACCAUUACGUUGCAGAAGCGCAUGCUUAAAACGGUCAAGGAAGAACAUAAAGAGCAAUUCAAUGCUUUAGAGCGCAAAUACCAUGCACAAAAAGCCAUCGUCGUCAAAAUGGAGGAAGCCAUCCUGGAAUUACGAGGCAAUGCAGUAGCUCGUUCUCCUGAUUCUGAUCGAACUGACGCCGUCGGUUCGCUGGAUCACACGUCCCCUCUGUCGAUUUCGCUGGCUUCCAGCGAGGGAUUGUCCGAGAUCAAAAAUCUAGCUUUAGUGGUCCAGUCUGGAGGCGGCGGAGGCCACCCAUUGCACAGUUAUAAUUACGAGCUGGACUCCAAUCUGCCAACGCCGACCAGUGUGCCUCUCCCACCAUUACCGUUGGACAAUAAUAGUGCGCUGUCGGUGGGUGCUGGCCCAAUGACAAUUGCCAGUACCAGUAGUAGACCGCCGUUGCCUCAUUCCUCCGGCAUGGAUCCCAUGCCAGGCCCAAGUCAGCGGCUAUGAAUGUAUGCUUUGUGCACGUUAGGCAUUUUGCCUGAUUUUGUUCCCGGUGGCAAAGCGAAAAAGGAACUCGUUUUCUAUUGUUUGUUAAUCUAUUGAAUUGAUUAUUACGUUGAAAUCAAACACGGUAAAUCCCGCUGGAAUUCGAUCGGAAAACGAAUCCCACUAACGAUGAUGCAACUGUUUGUUACAUCUAUUUAUGUUGCAACAUCCUAGAAAAUAUUUGCGAAAAAAGGAUCCCGUUGCGCUUACUGAAACAAAGAACUGAAAAGACUGGUGAUGAAUAUUCUCAAAUCGGAAAUCAGUGAGGGUUGACUGAAGAUUAAUGAGUUACAGAAAUGUGAAAAAAUAGCAUUAGUUUGUUGAUGAUCAUUAUUCUAUUGAAUCAAAAAAGAAAAAAAGAAACUAAAUUAUCGAAUGAGGAGAGUGCGUAUAGAAAUUAUAGCCAAGGAAACAGAAUACUAGCAGCGUCUAACAAUUUACGAGGCAGAGAUAGAGCCUCGACAGAGAGAGUGGGGAAAGAGGAUUACAUCAAUAAAGUGACGUUUUCUGAAGAGAAACUAAA